CUUUAAUUCAGGAAGAAGUGUUGAGAAGUGUGGCCAAGUGACUUGAUGGUUUGAUUUCCGUGCCAAUUUUGUUAUAAAAGAAGGAAAACGAUCAUUAUAUUGAGUAUUUUGCAAUAAUAUACAAGCAGAAUUGCUUUCACGACGAUAGUAUAUAAACAGCAACAUGAGUCAACCAAGUUCUCCUAUCCAUUCUAACCGACAUACUGAUCCAAUAAGCCAACAAACUUCUCCUGCACCUGAUAUAGAUGAGCCAUUUGAAGAUGAAUCUGAUUUACUUGAUGGAGACCAUGUUGAUAAUGAGGAAGAAGAGGAAGGAGAAGAAUUAUUCGGAGAUAAUAUGGAGGCAGAUUAUCGGCCCAUGUCAGGGUUAGACAGAUAUGAUCCUAAUCUAUUGGAUGACGAAGAAUAUUCAGAAUUGUCUCAGGGCGAACGUUUAGCCGCGGAAACGGAUAUGCGAAAAAGAGAUCGUGCAGCUGGCAUCAUAAGGGAUGAUCGUGAUCUUCUUUACGAUGAAACUGACGAAGAAGAUGUACAAGCACGUAAACGACGUAUGGCUGAAAAGGCUGCUACUGGCAUAUUGGAGGAUGCAGAAAUGAUCGAAUCCAUUGAAAAUUUAGAGGAUACCAAAGGACAUUCAGUAAAGGAAUGGGUUAUGAUGUUAGGACCACGAACGGAAAUUUCGAACCGCUUUAAAAGCUUUCUUCGCACUCAUACAAAUUCCAAGGGACAAUAUAUGUAUAAAGAACGUAUUCGCCAUAUGUGUGAGAGCAAUCAGUCCAGUUUCAUAGUGGAAUUUCCUAUUCUCGCCAGUAAGGAACAUGUUUUGGCCUAUUUUUUACCAGAAGCGCCAUAUCAAAUGCUCGAGAUAUUUGAUGAAGUAGCGAAGGAAUUGGUGCUUACGAUUUUUCCCAGUUACGAGAGAGUCACGUCGGAGAUUCACGUGAGAAUAUCGGAAUUGCCGUUGAUCGAAGAAUUACGCACGUUCAGAAAACUCCACUUGAAUCAAUUGGUUCGAACUCUUGGAGUGGUAACGGCAACUACGGGAGUCCUGCCGCAAUUGUCGGUAGUGAAGUAUGACUGUACAAAAUGCAACUACGUUCUUGGACCAUUCGUCCAAUCUCAAAACACAGAAGUUAAACCAGGCUCUUGUCCCGAAUGUCAGAGUGCCGGUCCAUUUACAAUCAAUAUGGAGCAAACUAUAUAUAGAAAUUAUCAAAAAAUAACUAUACAAGAAUCCCCGGGUAGAAUACCCGCUGGCAGAAUACCGCGCAGCAAAGAUUGCAUUCUGCUGUCCGACCUGUGUGAUCGUUGCAAACCAGGGGACGAGAUAGACGUCACAGCUAUUUAUACCAAUAAUUAUGAUGGUUCUUUGAACACUGAACAGGGCUUCCCAGUAUUCUCCACAGUUCUAUUAGCUAAUCAUUUAUUUGUCAAAGAUUCGAAAGAAAUCGUAGAUUCGCUGACGGAAGAGGACAUCUCGAGUAUACUCGCUCUAAGUAAAGAUCAGCGCAUCGCGGAUCGUAUAGUCGCGAGUAUCGCGCCUUCAAUUUACGGCCAUGAAAACAUAAAGAGAGCCUUAGCACUGGCGAUAUUUGGUGGCGAGCCAAAGAAUCCUGGCAACAAGCACAAAGUUCGCGGUGAUAUAAAUGUUUUGCUGUGCGGAGAUCCUGGCACCGCUAAGUCACAAUUUUUGAAAUAUGUGGAGAAGGUGGCACCGAGGGUUAUCUUCACAACAGGUCAGGGUGCUUCGGCCGUUGGUUUGACUGCUUACGUUAGGAGAUCACCUAUUAACAGAGAAUGGACCUUGGAAGCUGGGGCUUUGGUUCUUGCCGAUCAUGGAAUAUGCCUCAUCGAUGAAUUCGACAAAAUGAAUGAUCAGGACAGAACGUCUAUUCAUGAAGCUAUGGAGCAACAGAGUAUUUCUAUUUCGAAGGCCGGUAUCGUUACAUCUCUUCACGCAAGAUGCGCAGUGAUAGCGGCGUCUAAUCCCAUCGGUGGUCGAUACGAUCCCAGUAUGACCUUUGCAGAAAAUGUGGACCUAUCAGAACCGAUUCUCUCGCGAUUUGAUGUAUUGUGUAUAGUCAAGGAUGAGGUUGAUCCCAUGCAAGAUCGUCAUCUGGCCAAAUUUGUCGUAAAUUCGCACAUCAAGCAUCAUCCAACAGAUAAUUCAGAGAGAACGGAGAGAACGCAAGCCGUAGUACUGGAUCCUGCCACGCAAAAUCUAUGCAUUCCUCAAGAUCUUUUAAAAAAGUAUAUCGUUUAUGCGAAGCAGAAUGUACAUCCGAAGCUGACCAGCAUCGAUCAAGACAAAGUGGCAAAAUUGUACAGUCAAUUAAGACAGGAAAGCUUGGCGACUGGCAGUUUACCAAUCACCGUCCGUCACAUAGAAAGCAUUAUUCGUAUGGCGGAGGCUAGUGCAAAGAUGCAUCUGAGGGAUCACGUUCAGGAGAGUGAUAUGAACCUGGCCAUCAGGAUGGUUCUCGAUAGUUUUGUCGACACGCAGAAAUAUUCCGUUAUGAAAUCUAUGCGUCAGACGUUCCAGAAAUAUCUAUCGUACAAGAAAGAUCACAGUGAACUUUUGUAUUACAUACUGCGACAAAUUACUUUAGAUACUUUAGCAUUUCAAAAAGCUUUGCACGGCGGACGUAUCACGACCGUCGAGAUCCCUGAGAAGGAUUUGUUGGAACGGGCGAAGCAAAUUGACAUACAUAAUUUACAUCCGUUCUACGAGAGUGACAUAUUCAAGACAAACAGUUUUAUUUACGAACCAAGAAGGAAAGUAAUAGUACAGACUCUGCCCGAAGGCAUUGAAGAUUGAUCCGGA